AUGGCUGCGAUCGUCGGUGCUGCCGUGGCUUUUGUUCUCAUUUCAUUAUUGCUUCUCGUUGCCAUAAUACAAAACAGCGUCGACAAUGACCGUUUAAUUGCCACACCGAGCAUCCCGUUGAAAAAUGCUGUGUUAACAGCAUUUGCUUCCACCAAAGUCAAAGGAAGUGCAGACGAAGUAUUUUCUGUGGUUCAGAACUACAAAGGUUACUCGGACUGGUCACCGUUUCAUGAGUACAAGUGGAAAGAUGUUUCAUUGGACGGCGUACCUCGUGUUGGCAGUAUGGGGACAUUCAAACUCACCAUGGAAGAUUUUCCAGAACGCCUCAUCCCCGUUACAUUAACUGUACUGGACCGCGAAAACAGGAAAAUCGCUGAAAAGUCUACUUCUUAUCCAAAGUGGUUGCUUUCUUCCGAGCGCGUUCAAGAGGUGGUAUCAAUUGAGGGUCAACCAGGGUUCUGCGAGUACAGAACCUAUCAGACGGUAGAAGGGAUUGGUGCUUACUACCUGCUCCUCACCGUUCAAGAAGACUUGAAUGAUUGUCAGAACAAAUGUGCUACCGAAUUGAAGGCAUUCGUCGAGCAGGAGAAGAGAUGA